AUGCUAAUCAGCGUCUUUGUGACCUCUCCAGAUACUCACUCGGAACGGCGACUCGAGUCGAGCUUGACUGUACAGCAGCUCAAGGACAAGCUCACACCCAUCACUGGAGUCUCUCCCCAGAAUCAGGUGCUCCGUCUAUACCGGUCCAGCGAAUCUAAAGAGGCAAUCGCUAGCCUGGAUGAUGAGUCAAGAACGCUCGAAUCUUAUGGAGUCGCCGAGUUCAAUUGCAUCAAAGUCGACAAUACCGAUCCGACCGCUCGAGCUGGCGAGUGGAAUGACGUCUCCGGUGUAGACAAGUUCGAGCUGUCUGCGGAAGAAUAUGAGGCUCGCAACGAUACCGUCCUCUCGCACCUCAAAGCCAACAAGCUCGGCCGCUUCGCCGAUGUCCCAGAACCCCUCUCGUUCGCUCUUCCUCCUCCCUCCUCUGCUCCAUCGGAUGUCGUCGUCGGCGCAAGGUGUCAGGUCGAAGCUACGUCGUCGGAUCUGGCGAGAAUAGGAACGGUGCGGUUCGUAGGCGAGGCGGAGAUAGGGAAAGGAGGGGUAUGGGUCGGCGUGGAGCUGGAUGAGCCCACAGGGAAGGGAGAUGGAUCCGUGAACGGGAAGACCUUCUUCAAGUGCCGCCCAUCUCAUGCUGUCUUUGUCCGCUCAGACAAGAUCACAGUGGGUGACUAUCCAGAGGAGGACCUUAUGGACGAUGAAGACGAGAUCUGA